AAAAAAAAAACACACUUAAGAUUUCAGACCUAAUUUGCUGGGUUUUGUGCAUUGACGCACGAACGACCCUCUUUGUGAGUCUGGUCCGUCCAUCGACUACAGCUUGAACUUUGUUUUGUAAAGUAGAAACGAAAAGUUUUGAAAUGAGUUAAAGAAUUGAAACAACAUGAACGUCUCUACGAAAGAUUUGAGUCCGAGGAUUUCAGCUUCUGCGAUGAAGUUGCGGAUCUUUUGAAGUGUUACAGUAUUUACCCCAGACAAGGUCCGUGAUUUGUCUAUGUAGAUUAAAUCUGUCUGAAAUGACAACGGCGGAAGUGUCUCCGGACUGCAGCACCGAUGUUCUGGUUAGUGUCGCCGAGUCGCUGCAUGUGUAUCCGGGACUGCUGACAGCGGCUGCAGUGUGUGGCGGACUGUCCGGUAUCCUGGCUGCAGCUCUCCUCUAUGUCUUCUGCAUGAAGCCUCUGUUGUUGACCAGACAAGUUUACAACGCGAGGAGGCUGCUGGAACCUGAUGUUGGAAAUAUUGACAAUAAUCAGAGUGACUGUGUCAGCAACAGAGAGAAGGAGGCCGCGAGUGGCUCCGCCAAUGACAAGGAAAAGAAGCGUCCUCCUAUGAAUAGUGAUGUGGCAGCAUUUGCUUCCAGAGCCAAGGUGGUUUACCCAAUCAACCAGAAAUACAGGCCUUUAGCAGACGGCGCGUCAAACCCAUCCCUUCAUGAGCAAUCAAAGUUGCCGCCGAUGCCUAAUGAGGAGUCGUCCUCAUCCUCCGAUGGAGAGUCUCUCAGCCAGGAGCAGGACAACAAUGACAGCAGUCAGUUCAUCUCCAACAUGAAGCUCCCUAAGAGCCUGCAGAACCAGAGUUUCACCAGAGUCUUCCACUACCCCCACACACUGACACACACCGGCUUUGAAGGCAGGAUCAGCCUGUACUGUUUGGCUUUGCAGGAAGUACAACAGCACAGCUUCCAGCUUCAGGAAGAAAAGUAUCUGAUUUUUCUGCAGAUGCUUAAAGUUAUAUUCAGCUCUCGGUUUCCAAAAGACAAAAACGACGCAGACUUCGCCAAGGACACACUUAUGAUGCAAGAAAAGAAACUGAAUGAGUUGAGAAAACCGCUGACGACGGGCCAAACCACCAAAGAGACGAUCCAGGAUGCUUUCUGUUCCCUGGAGGAGAUUGAGAGAGCUCAGAAAGAUCUCCUUGAACGCAACCUUCAAACGUCUAAAAGUUUCAGCUCACAACUGGAGGAUUUGUGUCAGCUUCUGCUGAGGAGGAGAAGUGGCUUUUCUCCUGAGGAAGCACAUGAUGACAUCCUGUCCAUCGUUCAAACUCUCUUGUCAGUAGAGGAGCAUCUGACGAUGUUACAGGAAGCUGAUCUGAAGAGAACAUUGGAGAGGUUGCUGUGGUGGGAGGAGUUGUCAGGGCUCGUUCAGUCCCAGCCUGCCUUGCUGAGGUGGGAAGUGACUCUGAGAAUGGGUUUGAUCGCCACAAGACUGGAGCAGCUAACGAACGGUGAAAGCUCGAAGCUUAACCCAGCGGAAACGAUUCUCUCUGAGAUUCAGGCCGCUCUGACCGAAGGACUUCAUCGGAGCACUGAGGAAUGUACAAAGAAGACAAGGGAGCUGGUGACUGAAAAGUGCCGCAAAAAGGAGUCCAAGAAGAAGAAGCUUCAGAAGAGUCAGAUGAAUGAGAGGAGUAAAGCUCUGGAGAUGGGACUGACUCGCUGUGACCUGCAGGAGCAAACCUCUAUCUACCAGGAGGUACUGAUGAGACACAGGAAGGAGAUUUCCGAUUUGGAGUUGCACCAGGAUAACAAAAUUGCAGAGGCCCUCUGCAGCCUUUGGAAGAAACUUCGGGCCCUUUGGUCGAACAGGCUGAGUGAGAUAGCCAGGGACAUCUUUCUGGCCUCUGUUCCCACUCAGCUGAACCUCACUGCUGAGCACUGUGAGAGUCUAUGGCUGGAAGUGGAGCAGAAGCUUGCUGAUCAGCUGCAGCAGGCAGAGAGCACCGCCAGGCAGCAACUGGACGACAUCAGGGCCGAGCUGGAGAGGGAUCAGCAGGUGUGGAUUGAAGGGAUGGCUCUGGGUCAGACUUGUCUCAAACAUCUGGGUGAACAGCAGAUGGAAAUCAUUCAAGCUAUGGUGGCCAGACAGAGCUACACUCUUAGCAGUGACAUAGGGAAACUGAUAGAGAAGAAACACAAGCACCUCUCGCUGCUGAUGGAGCGGUCCUUUACUGUCCGGCACUUCAGUCUGCAGAUGCUGAAAGAGAUGAGGCUCUCUAAACUAAAGGUGCUCUGUCAGACUGACUUCAGAGCUCUGCUAGUGGAAGAGCCCAGUAAAACCCAACCCUGUGUUGAUUCAGCUCUCAAGAACAGCCGGGCCAGCCUCGCGGAGAGGCACCUGGGUCCAGAAAGCAAGCUACUGGAGAACAACCUCCAACAGGAGUUCCUGUCUGAGCUGGAAGCUGCCACGGAGCUUCUUCAGAGCCAUGCACAGCUGGCGCUAGGCAACGCCCUCAGCCACGCCAUCCAUCACAAGAUGGAGGCUGUGCCCACACAGUCGCAUAGUUCCUCUAAACAUGACCUGGGCCUGAAACAUCACCUGACUGAGGCUGCAGCAGAGAGUGUCUACUUGACCAAAGAUUCUCUCAGGGCGUUGGUUCACAUCUAUUACUCUGACCUACGAGACAUUUCUAGUAAUCUGCAGCUGGAUCAGUCAAACAUAAACCACGAGAUGAAUAAGAGGAAAGAUGGCAGGAGCCAGCUGAGCAGAGCUUUGCUGAGAGAACUUGUGAACUGGGGCAAGAGACCCGCUUCUGCAGAGUUUCAACAAAGGGUGGAACUGAAUAAAAAAACGCUCCUUCAGCAAAGUCAUCUGGAUCAGGAGAGGAUUUACGAGGAGCUGAGGAAGAAAAAAGUAGAGCUGGACCAAAGCAUGGACCGGAUUAAAGCCCAGUUAAUGGAGGCAGAAGAAAGCUUCAUUACUGAGCUGGCAGCUAUAGCCCGCGUUUCUGUCCACAGUGCAGACCAGAAGUCCAGCAGCGAGGAGGACAACUCUGAAACACAUUUAUGCAAUCCUGAUUAUUUCUGGAUCUUGGUCUAAAGAUUUUUGGUUGCUAUAUUCAUGUCCAAUGUAAAGGUUCAGAAAUGAACGAUGUAAAAUCAUGUUUUUUAGUAUUGAAACUAAGUACAAUACAUAAAUAUGCUUUUCUACCUUUUGUGUCCAUAUGAAGUUUUUGUCUUUAGCAGUAGUGUGUAUCUCAAUAGGACUUAAAUCGAGUGAUUACUUGGUCGGUGACAAUGUAAAUAUCCUUUCAUUGCUAUUUGUAUCACAAGUCACAUGUACUUAAACUUUGUCUGAUAUUUGUGUUUUUAUUGUCUAAACUAGGGCACACACAAUAUCAAGAAAGUAUCUCAUGGUGAUACUACUGAUAUACAGUAAGGUGCAAUGAUAAAAUCAAUUAUCCAUAGUUUUUGGAUAAUUUUCUUUCUUUACCAUCACGCAACUUCUCUACUUCCUUCCAUUAGCUGUAGCAUCUCAACCACUAGAUGUAAACAUUAGGUUUUAGCAGUUAGACUUCAUCCAGCUGGUCAAAUAUAUUGAUGACUUGCUGGGUUUGCAUGCCUGACACUUCAACUAUAAUGUCCUUACAAGUAUAGCAUCUGAGCAGUCUUGCAAUUGUAAUAACGCACACAUGGAUAUUGCGAAGAUGAUUGAAAUUCAGUAUAAUAUGGAGCUCUUGCCUGAAACUUUGCAGAGAGAAUCCUUUAAUCUUGGAUCAUUGGACUCUUGGACGAAUUAAAUCUUGCAGUAUACCUUUAAAGAUGUCAGAAUUUAACCCACGUUAAACGGGCAGCUUGAACAUAAAGUUUUUGAAAGCUUUUUGAAUAUUCUUUGGGCUACCUUUUCCUUUUAUCAUUCUUUUUCAGGCUGAUUUUUAUUAUUUUUUUGUCUUUUAAAACAAUCCACUGUAGAACUAUUCUGGCAUUUCUGAAUUAUUGUUGUGGGGUUAUCACCAAACCUUCUAUUCUUCUAUUCUGCAAGUAGACCCUUAAUUUACUUGCAACCUGUGCUGAAAGUGUGUAUGCUAGCCAGCCUGCAUCCUGCUGCUUAACAAGCGAGCUGUUCGCAGCUUACCAUCUGUAGUUUUACAACUGCUUUAAAGCGAUGAUGAAGCUUGUUUAGUUUCCAGUUUGCAUCAACAGAUGGCAGUGCUUCGUACAACUGGAGAAACAUCCAGUCAUCCCAGCACUUUAUCUGUAAUCCUAUGAAUAGGACUUAAAAAUGUGGGAGUAGUAUGGCAGGAAAUGUCAACAUAGCCAAACUAAAUGUCAAACUGGUGAACCUACCAGUAUCUCCUGUCUUUCAUCACAUGUUGUUUUUCAGCAGGUGAACAGAGUGCCAAGAUACUUGACCUUCUGGCCCUGAACCCAGCAUUAGAUCCAGCCUUGAAUCCUUCUUUGACUCCACUGUUUGCAA